CAUUGCUGACGCCCCACGGGAGCAAUUCUCACUGGCUAAGGCGAGGGCGUCUCGAGAGUGAGAUUGGAUCUUCCCAGCACCGACUGAGUAUGCCGGCCCAUUACUACACGUCGAGGUUUCUUCUAGCUGCCGGAGACGGGGAGAGCGGGUCUGGAGUCGAUUCUUCCAUUGCAGAAGGAGAUGAGGAGAAUGAAUACUGGUUCCCUGCACUUGCCUACAAAGUCUAUUACCCCAUCAUAUGGGGACUGAUACUAGUUGCAGCCAUCUUGCUAAUGUGUGCCUGCAUGGGGUGGACCCAUUGCUGUACUGUCCGCUGUAGAAAGUAAGGACCUCUAUAAUAAUACACAUGUGUGACUUUUUGGUUGCGUAUAAACAUCGAACUUGUUGCUAUGUGCCUACACAAAUUGUUAUCAUUGACUUGCAUGCCUGACACAAUGAUCCACUACUAUUUUAUAUGGCCGUCUAUCGUAUGUGUAGUUGGUAUUGCAGAUUUUAUCGCCUACAAUAUAUGUUAUAUAUGCACUUACAUAGAUAUUAUACACUGAGUAGAAACCUAGCUGUGUUUGCCAAAUUGCCAAUGUUGCCAGAUAACAUAAAUAUAAUUAUAUGUACGAGGUAGAAAUGCAAAGGCACAACAAACAAGUCAACUAUAUACACCCAGGACAGCUCUUUUUUCCAAGGAAAUAUAUAAUUAUGUCAGCUAUAUAUAAGAGUCAGUGUUAUACCUCAACAUUCAUCACAUUUCUAGUAUAUAGGGUUUACAAGCCAACUGAAAAGCCUGUAUUUUCUGCUAAUGAGUGGAAAUGUAUGCGAGGCAGUUAUGUUAUUGUAUAGGUCUCGGAAGGGGAAGAUGGAUGUCAGGCAGUUGGAAGAACAAGGUGGGAUUAUAGGAGGAGAACAUAGACAGAGUGGAGAGACUGCGAUGGUCCAGAAUGGGGCCCUACAGAAACCAGGUGUGUCUGGAGGAGAGGGAGUGAGACUGGAUUUGGAAUUGACUGAACUAAGCGGAGAAGAGAUAGAGAGAAGAGAGAGUGGAUUGAUGCAGGAAAGAGCCGCUUCGGUUGAAGGACUGGGGGACGGCGAGACCACGGGGCAAAUGGAGCAACAGACAACAAGAGAUGGACUCACCACCGAUCCAGUAGGACCAGGAGAAGGAGAUACACUGCAUGCUACAGAUACUGAGCCGGCUGUAGCUGUCCACAGGGAACCAGAGGCAGAAGCAAGCAAAAAAGAAAUGAAGAGUGAGCAGCAUGUUUGUACUGCAGAGGUCCAUGACGUAGAAGAAUUGGAUAAAGCAAUAGCUAAUUCCAGCAAGCGUGUGAAGGCCAGCCCGCCUCCACCGUUAGAUAUACAUCCCACAGCAGACAAUGAACAGGGAGAGCAUGAAGAUCAUCCAUCUUCUGCUGAGAAUCAACCGACUUCUGGUGCAUCGUAUGCCUCCAACAGUCUUCCCAAUGCCUUUGCUGCCACUGGAAAAUUGGCAGUAUCUGCACCAGCCUCAGCCACUAUGGGAAGAGUCCAACACACAUACCCACCCAACGAAGACGCCCAGCCCAACGACACUCAACCUCAGCCCAACACACAACACGGUUACCUUGCUGCGGUGGACAUUUUACCACCAUCGAAACCUCGAUCCAAAAAGCAAGGUCCCUCUCCUGACCGACGUCAUUCUACCGAGCAACAACCGUCUCUCUAUGGUGGUUCUGCAAGACAGAAGAAAGGUGCUGUUGGUCGACCUGUAUCACUAGACCAAGAGUUGAUCCAAAAGACAGAUGGGGACAAUCGGCGCUACUCUGCAGACCAAGCACCGAUCAUUCUCCAUGCCCGCUGGUCUCGAGAUUCGACGGCUGGCAAUCAGAAUUCAGGGGAGCAAGAGACGGCUCCCGACAGCACGAGCUCUCUUGUCCAGAGCAGGAAACUGUUCACAGAGACUCGAGGACACAGCCAAACACUGGAGAAGACCGAGCAAACUGACGUAUGAUCUGUUAUAUUUACUGGAGCUGACCCUAGCAUUACGUGACUUUACCCAUAAUGAUCAUGAUUUGUGUCUUGAUGUAUUAUUAUACACUUAUCAGGAAUUUUU